UUAAAUUUCUUUAUCAUUAUUAUAUUAUAUCUGCAAAAAAUUGCGAGCCAGGAAGUGUACGGACUGGUCAGAGGCCAACAACCAUCGUGAAUUUGCGAUUCAAGGUUCACAAAGAACACAACAAAGAACAAACAGACAAAAAACCCAGAUGAGCAGCUGCUCUUCCAUGGCUUCCCUUCUCAUCACACCCCCCACUGCUACUCUGCAACUCAAGGGAAUUUUAUCAUUUCCCGCUGUGUCUUGCAGCCUCCAAGCACCGGAAGAUCGCAUGAGGGUCAGCACUUUAAUUACGAACCCAUCAUCCAAAAUUGACCAGACUGGUCUGAGAAAUUCUAGACGUCAUGGGCGGUGUUUUGUGACAAAAUCUAAGAUGACUGUUGAAGGAGAUGUGCUUGAGAAACAAUCAGUCAGUGUUCAGGACAAAAAUGAUUUUGGAGUUGUUAGUGUCCACCAUGUUGGAUUGCUGUGCGAAAACCUGGAAAGGUCUCUCAGCUUUUAUCAGAAUCUUCUUGGUCUUGAGAUAAAUGAGGCUAGGCCUCAUGACAAGCUCCCCUAUAGAGGUGCUUGGUUAUGGGUUGGUUCUGAGAUGAUUCAUCUUAUGGAGCUUCCCAAUCCUGAUCCUUUAACUGGAAGACCUGAACAUGGAGGCCGUGAUCGUCAUACUUGUAUUGCAAUCCGAGAUGUGGCUAAGCUCAAAGCAAUCCUUGACAAAGCUGGUAUUCCCUACACGCUUAGCAAGUCUGGGAGGCCAGCUAUUUUUACACGAGACCCGGAUGCAAAUGCUCUGGAAUUUACACAAGUUGAUAGCUGAAGCUUGAGUGCUGCAACAUCCAUAGCAUAACUUGGGACAUUAAUGCUUUCAUGGUUCCAUUAGGUUUAGGAACGAAUAGCAAUUAUAGAGUUUGUACAGAUGAUUAUACAUUUAAAACAGAGAUUGUUGCUACUGGUGUAAUUGCCUCCACUAUAACGAGUAAUUGUAUGACUCCUUAAACUGAGGAAUAUGAUUGGAGUUCAAAUUUUAUAGAGAA